AUGGGAGAGCUUCACGUCCUCUCCGUGCUGGUGACUGGGGCCAACUGGGGCAUUAGCCUGGGGCUUGUCCAGAACUUACUGGGGAUGCCAAGCCCCCCUCAGUGGGUCUUUGCAGCCUGUCGGGCCCCCACGGGGCAGCAAGUGCAGGAGGUGCAGAAUUUGGUCUCCAGGCACCGCAACCUGGUCAUCAUCCUGCUCGAAGUCACUGACCCUUCCAGCAUUAAGGUGGCUGCAGUCCGAGUUGGGGAGCACUUGGGGGUAGGGCUGACCCUCCUCAUCAACAGUGCUGGAAUUGCAAAGCUACUUGAUAAUGAGACACUGGAGGAUAUGACCCAUGUUUACACCACCAACACAAUUUGGCCCCUGUUGAUGGACCAGGCGUUCCUGCCCUUGCUGAAGAAGGUUGCCCAGGGCAGCCCGGGCUCAGCGCUGAGUUGCAGCAGGGCAGCCAUCAUCAACAUGUCCAGCUACACCGGCUCAAUUACAGAUGUCUAUGUAUGGGAAUAUGGACAAGUUGUGUCAUACCACUGCAGCAAGGCUGCUCUGAACAUGCUGACCAAGUGCCAGUCCUUGAGGUACAAGGAAGAUGAUGUCCUCUGCACUGCUCUCCACCCUGGCUGGGUGCAAACCAACAUGGGGGGCUCAGGACCACAUAAGCUGCCCUUGACAGUGGAUGAGAGCAUGCGAGGGAUGCUGAAGGUGCUCUCCUCCCUCUCUGAGAAGGACACCAGCACCUUUCUGGACUGGGAAGGGAAGGUCAUUCCCUGGUGAGACACCAGCUGGGAUCCUGGCAGCAGGGCCCUGUGCUGAUACACUAUGUCGUGCCCGAGCCUUAAUAAAUGUGUGUCUGUGAACAAUAAGCAGCACUGUUUGAGCCUUC